GAUCAGGCCGUGACCGAUCCUGGACAGCUCACAACUCUCAGACUGUGGACUGGCAUGUUCAUGCAGGCGGUGCAUUGCUUCGAUUCGAUGCUCGUGCGCCAUCCUUCUGUCUGAGAGCUGUGCCAGUUACUGGCUUCCCAGCUGUCUUUUCAUUGCAGACUGUCGGAAAAAAGGCGCAGCAGUCUCCCGACAACAGCGACUCGGAUUGACCCUGACAGUGGUUAAUCGCUAGGGGGAUCUCGUUUACAAGGCCUGCGCAAUCAUGUUCUCGACACCCAAACAGCAGUCGGCUUCGACGCGCCGCCAAGCAGGGGCAAGCGGAGGUACAGGCGCACUCGCCUCGUUUGGUGUGAUGCGAGACAGUCGCUCGGGCACACCAAUUGUGACAGGAGGGGCAGAUGCGUCCUUCGCAUCCUACUCGUACCAGCACACCUCGCCACUGGGCGGCCAAAGUCAGAACCAGCAGCAGAGACGGAGAACUGCCCGCAGAGCCCGUACACCGCUCCUUCUGGACGCUUCUCAGCAGCAUCACCGGGCCCGCGGUUCUCGAAGCGGCACACCUGGCCUGCCUAGCGAUCGAGCUACGACGCCAGGCUCGUACUCUACAGAAGGAGCGUCAGGAUUGGGAGUCGGCGCGCGAGCAUAUCUCUCUUUACGGAAGCAAGGAGAGGAACAAGCAGAAGCAGUUGAUGCAGCUCAGUGGAUCCAGCCCGGCACGGAGCUGGUGCGCGAUGAACUGCACGCUGUCACGGCUUACUCGCGCUUGCCAGAGCAGGUCGAGCACGUCUUAGCCGAGUCGGACCUGUACUCCACAUCGCUGGGUGCGCAUCUGGACGUCACGCUUGGCUUUGCCGUCCUUUUGACACCGACUGAAUGCUACGCGUGGAACUUUCUGGCCGUGUCCACUUCCAGCAGUCACAUGUUGCCGACUUGCUACGUCUUCUCGCUCCCGCCGCCAGCACCAUCUUUGGUGUCCUCAGCUGCUCCCAACGCUGCCGAGGGGGCCUACCUACAUGCACUCGUACCAUGGUCCAACUCUGCGCAGCGCGCUGAGCCGGGCCUCGUGCUAGUGCACAAGCGCACCGGUCAUCUGACUCUGAUCGCGAGCAUUGCCACGUCCUCUACGGAUGCAAACUCACUAUCACAGCAGGGCACGACGGCGCGAAUGGCGCUCGCGCCCAGCGAAAUCGUGACCGUUGUCCACCGCCUUAGCGCAAGCAGCAACACGCUCGUUCUCGCCACGUCGCACGCGCGGCUCUUCCGCGCGCACGUCGUCUCGCAGGGUGGACGUGUGCACCUGCACCUCGAGUCGCAGCCACUCGCAUCGUCGCGUAGCUUGCUGGGAAAAUUGUUCUUUGGCGGCGUCGAUGUGGGUGCAGCCGCAGCUGCGAGCGCCGCAGGAGCGGAUUACGCCGGUAGCAUCCGCUCGCUUUCCUCUUGCGCACUCUCAACAGGCGUGGAGAGCGAUGGCAGGCACGAGCUGCUGGUUGUCAGCGGAUGCACACUGCAGCGGUGGCUCGUCGAUGCAGGGAUUCGAGGGAACAACGACGGUUCGGCGUUGGCCACGGCAUCAUCGUCGGGGGACAAGUUGCUCGGCUCGGUUGAGGUGCGUUCACUGUUCGAUCAGGAGCCAAAGUCCAGCCCUGUUCCGCAGCUUGAAGUGCAUGAUGCACAGUGGCUGCUUGGCGGGGAUGUAGCACUGCUCUACAGUUGUGCGGCCUCGGCGACUACCACGCCAGCAAGGCGUUUUGGAAUACUCAUCGUCACCACUGCUGCUCAUUCCGCACACUCUACUUCAAGUAGGGUGUUGACGAAAGCAGCAACGUCAAACACCAAGCAAACCAAGGUAGGAACAGACCGUUCUUCGUCCACCUUCCGAAUUCGCACCGAUAUUCGGCUCGGCAGCGGCGGCUCGGCCGACGGCUCCUUCUCGAUGGCGGCUGACCCGCGUCCGAACUCAGCACCGCGACUCGCAGCCCCAUUCGGCGGGCCAGUCCUGUACGCUAUUUGGCCCAACACCGUCAUCAACGUCAUCCUCGGUCGUGCCCUGUUACCCCGUGGCGAUGGCUUCGAGGACGAUAAUGGUGACAGUGAAAUGCUCUCAAACUUGGUUGCGCGGGGCCCAAGAGCGGAAGCAGGAGCAGAAGCAGAGGAAGAGGUGUUCCAACAUAUCAUUCAUCUCAAACAGGCGCACCAGAACAGACUGCUCGGCUUCGGUGUCGAAGGCGUGGACAUUAUGCCCCCAACACAAGCAGGAGGCAGGAGCAUCGCUCCUCUUCCUGUCCUCACCGCACGCAGCGGUGCGUUGCUGUUCGAAUUUGACUGGCUUCGCGCCGAAGCCAUUGUUACAUCGAAAACAUUAGGCGAGAGGGGUGAUGUCCAAGGCGAAAGGGACAGAGCGGGUGAGCGACUCCAAAUGAAGGUCGGCAGGUGCCAGAGCCAGCUCGAAGCCGCCGUCUUCUUUGGAGAUCUGCCCGGGAACCCACUCGAAUUUAGCAUCCAUGCUGGCUCUCUCGGGUCAUCUUCAACAAUCGCGAAUGAUCAGCACCUCGCGAUUGCAAUCGCAGCGACGCAGCUCAGCGCCUCGCUGCUGUCCUCCAGCUCGCCUUACUUGCCGCCCAUCUUGGACACACGCGCGCAGCUUGCCGAGCGCCUGGCGCGGCAUCAACGGCUCCUGCAAGUGCUCGGCGACGGCGGCGAUCGUGAAGAGGGCGCAGUGGUGUGGGCCAUGCUAGAUGCAAGCACCAAAGACCAACUGCGCGACCAUGCGUUGCUACUUGCUGCUGCGCUGGAGAUUUGGGUCGAGAAUGAGGCGCAAGCUCGAGGACGCAGUUUACACGUGCUGAGGCAGGCUGUCAACACUGUCCUGAGCGAGGCAAGUGUCAUAUCCGAGCAUCAACAGGAAGACACACUACGUGCCUUCUUCACGCAUCAUCUCCGGCCUCUUCUCACGCAACUCUUUGCGCUGUUCGCUGCGCAGCUCAAAGCGGGAAGCUUCCGCGAGGCGCCACUGGGGAGCAAGACGGACGUGCUCUUGCACGUGAAUCGUGUCCUUGUUGCUGCGUUUCAAGGAGCCAGGCGGUGGGUCGAGGAAGGCGAUCAGGAACAAGCACAAUGGCCAGGACCGGUGCCGGCAUCCGCAUUCGAAAGCUGGACGUGCAGCUCGGCAUCGCUCGAUGCGCUACAAAACUCGUUCGACGCAACUGAGGCGCUACUGCGCGAGCGUAGCCGCGAGUUGGGCAGCGGGAUAGAUAUUGAUGUGCAAGGUUUCAUCUCGGAAGGUACACAAGCUCAGCGCGAGCAGCACGAGCUGAAAUCCUAUUUGGUACAGCUAGCGCACUUCACCCUGGCCGCUUACGAGCAGCGCUUGGCGUAUCUGUCGCUCAUCGUCGCUGACGAAAGCGAUGCCCUUGCACAGCAAGAGCGCCAGGCGCUCCUUGCGCGCUUCAAGACGGCACGGCCACAGGUCAUUCACUCCCUUUCGCGCAUUGGCAGCGGCGACCAGGCGUUCAGUCUGGCGGAGCGACACCGCGACUUCCAAGUGCUCGCACAGCUCUGCACGGACGACGAGCGCGUCGGCUCCGCGCAGAGUCUCUUGCACCAUUACGUCGAUCGGUACGGCCAACCUUUCGCUUUCGAGCUGUAUGCGCACUUCGUCGCGAGUGGGCAAUAUAGGCGUCUGCUCGAGCAACAUAGCAAGUACAUCGAUCAUCUGAGCGCUUUCCUCGCUGCGCAUCCCGAGCUAGACUCCCUUGCUUGGAUUCACGAGGUGGGCCAGGCGCGUUUCCGAGACGCAUCGGGCACACUCGCCUCUGUUGCCGUUUCGGAGCGCGUGCUUGUCCGCGAGCAGCUGGAGUUCAGUUUGGCGAAACUGGCUUAUGCCGCCGAACUCAGUGAGGAAGAAGUUGCACAAGAAGGUCCGCAGCUAGAGCUCCAGCGAAUCGACGACAUGCUCGAUGUCGUCUAUGUCCAGACAAAACUGAGCGAGUGCUUUGCCAAGCAGAUGGGUAGCGCUCAGGCGCCCGCGUCGCAUGAUAGCGAUGCAGAUGCGUACAUCGCUCUUUUUGCGCAGAGGCUGCUGCAGGAUGCAUACCCGGCUUUCCAGCAGCAUUUCAAGGAAUGCUGGGAGCUGUGUGCGACUGGACAGGUACUGGGCGUGGAGGAUCUCAUUGAUGUUCUCACGCUCAAGGACAACGUCGACGAGCUCUCCGAACCACACUUUAUCCAGGCUUUGCAGACCUACGUCCGUGCUCACGAGAGCUUACCGGAAGCACGUCGCCUCGCAAUUCUCCGGGCAUAUUGGCGGCGCGUGCUGCUGCAUGAUGCUUGGGAGGAUGUGUCUAAUACGGCUGGCAAGAGCGAUGCAGAAGUCAAGCAAGCGCUCCGCGAGACUGAGCUGUACUGCGCAAUCGCGAGCAUUUCUCCAGAAGACCUAGACAACGACGUACUUCUUCCUUCAUCCGCCCUGCUAGAGCCGCCCUCACGGGAAGUGCUGCAGGGUCGCUUUGAGGGCAGCAGAAACGAUAAGUCGGAGGAGGAGCUGGACAACCUGUUAGCGGAUUUUGCCACCGAGAUCUCCGAAGUAGAGCAACUUCUGGAGAGCGGGUACGGAAAGUGGUUCGAGGAGACAAAGCGCGUUGCUGUGGAGGACAUCGCUGCAGGAUGAACGCGAUCGACCUAUGGAUCACGACUUGGAUGGUCCAGCGCUGGAACAUGAGCUUAACAGGGAAUGAUGAGCCAGUAGAUGUUUCUCACUCCCUCUAAUUGACAACUUUGGCAAACGGUCGUUGAUGUAGCCUUUUUACAAUCAUUUGGCCAAGCAGGCUCAAU